CGUUUGAUUUCACAAGCUACUUCCGCGUUGUUAGCAUUAAGCUACCUGCUCUCUGAAAAGUAGUUCACUCCUGUCAUUUGUUCAGACCCCGACCGGUGUUUCCACCAAGGACGUUUCUUCGACAACAGGAGAGAAGCUUUCAAGGUUUUGGGCAGAAAGUGGUGUCAGGUCUGGUCCAGGGUCGUUGAACGGUUAAUGCACAGAGUAAAGAGGCUGAAAAUUGAAGACAAAACAGAAGACGGCCAGGAAAGCGUCAAACAAGCACUGGCAGGUAUGACGGGGGUAGACGAGCUCUCAGACAGCACAGAAGUGGUUGAGAUGGAGGAUGUGAAUCCCACCCAGUUCCAGGUGGAGAAGCACACAUGGGAUGGCCUGCGGAAGAUCAUCCACAAUGGCCGCAAGUACACAGGCGUGGUCAUCAACAAGGCUCCACACGACUUCCAGUUCAUCCAGAAAGAUGAAACCAGUCCGCACUCCCACCGCAUCUACUACCUUGGAAUGCCUUACGCCAGCAGGGAAAAUGCUUUACUCUACUCAGACAUUCCCAAGAAGGUCCGCAAAGAUGCUCUGUUGGUUUUGAAUUGGAAACAAAUGCUGGAUCGCUUUCAGGCCAGCCCUCUCCACGGGGGCUUCUCACGGGAGGAGGAGCUGCUGCGGGAGAGGAAACGUUUGGGGGUGUCUGGCAUCACCUCCUAUGAUUAUCACCGACCCAGUGGCCUCUUCCUGUUCCAGGCCAACAGCAGUCUGUACUACUGCCGUGACGGUGGAAACAACACCUUCAUUACGUCUCCCAUGAAGCCUGUCGAGAUAAAGAGCCAGAGUGCAGGCACACGCAUGGACCCCAAGAUCUGCCCCGGGGACUCCAACUUUAUCGGCUUCAUCCACAACAAUGACAUAUGGGUGACGAGCAUUGAGACGGGUGAAGAGAGGAGGCUCACCUUCUGCCAUAAAGGUAUUGACAACCCAAAAGAGGACCCCAAAUCUGCCGGCAUAGCCACUUUUGUCACGCAGGAAGAGUUUGACCGCUUCACAGGAUACUGGUGGUCGCCAGCUGCUCGUGAAGAAUCAGAUGGUGGUAAGACUCUGCAGAUUCUGUACGAGGAGGUGGACGAGUCUGAGGUUGAGAUCAUUCAUGUUCCAUCUCCGGCUUUGGAGGAGCGGCAGACGGAUGUCUACAGAUACCCACGUGCAGGCAGCAAGAAUCCCGACAUUACUCUCAAAAUAGCAGAAAUCAGGACGGACAAUCUUGGCAAAAUUGUCAGCACACAGGAGAAAGUGCUGCCUGCUCCCUUCACCAGCCUGUUCCCUAAUGCUGAGUAUAUCACCCGUGCUGGAUGGACAAAAGACGGCAGAUAUGCGUGGGUGGUUAUGAUGGACCGACGACAGCAGUAUCUCCAGCUGGUCCUGCUGCCUCCAGCGCUCUUCAUCCCCGCGCAUCAGGACGAGGCCAGCAGGCAGGAGAGCCUGGAGGCCCUCGGAGACGCCGUCCAGCCCUUCGUCAUCUACCAGGAGACUAGCGACAUCUGGAUCAAUGUCCAUGACAUCUUCCAUCCAUUCAUCCAAACCAGUGAUGAUGAGAUCACCUUUAUCACAGUAAAUGAAUCAAAAACAGGUUUCUGCCACUUGUAUAAGAUCACCUCAGUGUUACAGCGGGGCAGCUACAACUGGGCCAAAGGCUACACACACUCUGAAGAUGAUUUCAAAUGUCCAGUUAAAGAGGAGGUGACAAUAACCAGCGGGGAGUGGGAGGUGCUGGCCAAUCACGGAGCGAAGCGUUCGUCCAGUCCUCAGAUUUGGGUGGACGAGAAAGCAAAGCUGGUUUACUUCCAGGGAACCAAAGACUCUCCUCUUGAGCAUCACCUUUAUGUUGUGAGCUACGACUCCCCGGGGGAAAUUGUCCGACUCACCAAACCUGGUUUUUCCCACAGCUGCUCAGUGAGCCAGACCUUUGACUUGUUUGUCAGUCAUUACAGCAGCUUGACCACAUCACCUUGUGUGCACGUCUACAAGCUGCAGGGCUCUGAAGACGACCCACUACACAAAGAGCCUGAGUUCUGGGCGAGCAUGAUGGAGUCCAGUGUUUUCCCGUACGAAACCAGUCCUCCAGAGAUCUUUAGCUUCACAGGGAAGUCGGGCUUCGAGCUGUACGGCAUGCUGUACAAACCAGACAACCUGGUUCCUGGCAGGAAGCAUCCCACCGUUGUUUUUGUCUACGGCGGUCCGCAGGUCCAGUUAGUGAAUAACUCUUAUAAAGGAGUGAAGUACCUGCGGCUGAGCACGCUGGCGUCUCUGGGCUAUGUCGUGCUGGUCAUUGAUGGACGAGGGUCCUGUCAGCGGGGUCUCAAGUUUGAAGGAGCUGUGAAGGACAAAAUGGGCCAGGUGGAGAUUGAAGACCAGGUGGAGGGUUUGCACUACGUAGCUGAGAAGUACAAGUUUGUAGACUUGAGUCGUGUUGCUAUCCACGGCUGGUCGUAUGGAGGCUUCCUCUCCCUCAUGGGCCUCAUCCACAAACCUGACGUCUUCAAGGUUGCCAUUGCAGGAGCUCCGGUCACGUUAUGGAUGGCCUACGACACCGGCUACACAGAGCGAUAUUUGGACACGCCUGAAAAAAACCAGAAGGGAUACGAGGCUUGUUCAGUCGCACUGCAUGUCGACAAACUCCCCACUGAGCCCAACAGGUUGCUGAUCCUUCACGGGUUUCUAGAUGAGAAUGUGCACUUUUUCCACACCAACUUCUUGGUGUCUCAACUCAUCCGGGCAGGCAAGCCUUACAGCCUGCAGGUGUAUCCCAACGAGCGACACAGCAUCCGAUGUCCGGAGUCUGGAGAGCAUUACGAGAUCACGCUGCUGCACUUCCUCCAGCAGAACCUCUGAUAAGCCUUUCUACACACUGACCUUCCCUUUCUCACUUCCUAACCUCCUCUUCUUGUCUCCUCUUCUCCCUUUCCUCCAUUUAUUUAAACCUGCACCUCCUCCCACUCGAUUUUAUGAUGCUCUGAAUGCAAGCUAUGCCAAACCACAUCACACCUCAAGAGUUGUUUCAUCAGUCUUAAAGGUGCUGAAGCAUUUUAGCAUCAAUUAAAGAUUACAAUAUUGAUAUUCAGAUUUUAGUGGAGUCACCCUGAAUGAGACCAUCACUGAGAGAAAAAAGUCUUCACACUGUAUUUGACAGUGGAGUGGGAUCUGCUAAAUUGCUUUAAGCCCCAAAACAAGCAGAGGGCGCCAUUCGCCCAGAACAAACAGGGCUGAGGCUUUUUAAUGUCGACAGGUGGUGGAACGAAAAAAAAUCACAGUGAUGAUGUUGAUGAUGAAAAUGUUGAUUGUUUCACCAUAAACAGAAUUUUUCAGCAAUGCAAAAAGUAUAGAAGUUGACCUGCCGCGUGCAGACGUGUGCAGCUUUCUCUCUUUUUUUGUGCCUAUUCCUUUUUUAUUGAGCUGUCACUUUGUUUUUUUGGGACCCAACUCAUAAAGUUGUUGUUUUCCUGUGUCUGCAAAUAAACACUGGAGUGAAGAUAGUAAACAUGAAACUCUAUAAGAGCACACAAGCGAGCUCUUAACCCCCUUUGUGGUGUAUUCUGUGCCCUCGUGUGCUCUCAUAGAUAACCUUUUAUGUACUGUGCCACACUUUGGCAGAUUUACAAGGAAAAAAAAAGUUACAUGCCACAUUUUUAUUGUGUAUUGUUAAAAAAUAUUUUUAUGAAUACUUAUGCAUUCAUAGAAGGUGGAAAUAUGUAGCGACUUGUUGCUGUUUCACUCACUCGCUUGCUUUAAUUUCACGGAGAGCUUCUCUUUCUUCUUCUGCUGCUGAGGACUUUUGCACAUAUUACGUAUAUUUGCCUUGGUGCCAACAAACUGACUUAUAAGAUGAUGUAUGACACAACUGUUGGCAGUCUGAGGUGCCUUGCAAGAGUUAAAGAGCCCCCGCUCGUAUAGUAUAUAUCAGGGAAUCUGUCUGAGGACCUAAGACAAUAAAAUGCCUUGUUUCGUGUGCGUUUGAUGACCAUCUGUAUGAACUACCGUGACCUGUUUCAUGGUUAAAUGUACUCUCAGAUAUUGAAGAAAUAAACAGAAGUGAACAAUCUUUUCCAAA